AUGAUUGCUGCUGUUUCCAAAUUGAAGGGUUGCAUACGACAAAUCAAAGAAUUGAAUCCAAGUGGAGCAUCAGAGGAAGAUAUUAUAAAUCGUGCUCAAAUGUUUUUAGUACAAAACCCUAAUUACUCAAAGGGCUUCAAAUUUGGACAUGUGUGGAGCAUUCUUCAAGGUAUUGAGAAACUCAACAGUGACAACGUCAAAGCUACAUUUACGAGAGUGCAACGACAAACUGCUCAAGCUGAUUAUUCUCAAUCAUAUAAUCUCGAGAAAGAUAUUUAUUCACCUUCAUCUCCACAUGUCUCUUCGUUUAAUCUUAACAUCACUGAUUCAGAUAGUGGUAGUACUUCAACUAAACGACCUAUUGGGGUGAAGAAUGCAAAAUUGAAGAGAAAGAAUGAACAACAAUUCAGUAAAAUGGUUUCAUAG